AUGGUGUUUGCCUCCGCCGGCGACAAGCGGUCGCCGCCCGCGCCCCCAAACAAGAGUGUCACGAUCAUGUCAACCAUUGCCGAAGCGCAAAGCACGCCCGCGCCCUGGUCGAAGCCGCGCGCCACCGCCGUCCUGGUCCUGGCCGACGGGACAGUGCUCGAGGGACAGGGUUUCGGCGCCACGGGCGAAACCGAGGCGGAACUGUGCUUCAACACCGCGCUGACCGGCUAUCAGGAAAUAUUGACCGAUCCGUCCUAUGCCGGCCAGAUCGUCACGUUCACGUUUCCGCACAUCGGCAAUAUCGGCGCGAACGGCGAGGACAUCGAGGACCUGACGCCGGCGCGGCGGGCCGGUGCCGUGGGUGCGGUCUUCAAGGCGCCGAUCACCGAUCCCUCGAACUAUCGGGCGGCCGAGCAUCUGGACGCCUGGCUGAAGGCGCGCGGCAUCAUCGCUCUCGCCGGCAUCGACACGCGCGCGCUCACCGCGCACAUUCGCGAGCAUGGCGUGCCCAACGCGGUGAUCGCCCAUUCGCCUUCCGGCGACUUCGAUCUGGACGCGCUGAAGGCGCGCGCGGCCGGCUGGGGCGGCCUGGUCGGCCUGGACCUUGCCAAGGAGGUCACAUCGGGCCAGACAUCGAGCUGGUCCGAAACGCCCUGGGUCUGGGACGAAGGCCAUGGCGAGGCCGGCGAAACCGACAUGCACAUCGUCGCCAUCGAUUAUGGCGUCAAGCGCAACAUAUUGCGGCUCAUGGCCGGGCUCGGGGCAAAGGUGACGGUACUGCCGGCAACCGCAACGGCCGAAGAGGUGCUGGCACACGCGCCCGACGGCAUAUUCCUGUCCAACGGUCCGGGCGAUCCGGCAGCUACCGGCGCCUAUGCGGUUCCGGUGAUCCGGGAACUGGCCGAAAGCGGCAUUCCGCUUUUCGGUAUCUGCCUGGGGCAUCAGAUGCUGGCGCUGGCGCUGGGCGCCAAGACCGUCAAGAUGCACCAGGGCCAUCACGGCGCGAACCAUCCGGUCAAGGACCAUACCACCGGCAAGGUGGAGAUCGUCUCGAUGAACCAUGGUUUUGCCGUGGACGGCGCGUCGCUGCCCGACGGCGUCACCGAGACCCAUGUGUCGCUGUUUGACGGCUCCAACUGUGGCCUCUCGGUCGAUGGCAAGCCGGUCUUUUCGGUGCAGCAUCAUCCCGAGGCCUCGCCGGGUCCGCAGGACAGCCACUAUCUUUUCCAGCGCUUUGCCAAUCUGGUUCGAGAACGACAGGGCAAGCCGGCGCUCGCCGAACGCUGA